GGCGGGGGAAAAGUAUCCAGCGGGCGUAACUAACCCGCAGAAAUUGAUCAGCUGUCGCUUCCUCCAGUCGGGGCAAAGCGAGCUCAAAACUGGCGGCGGUUCGCAGCUUUAAAGACGGCCAGCUAUUUGGAGAGGUUUGAAGGAUGUUUGACUCCGUGAAGCCUUAUGCAAACCAGGAUUACCACGCCCUCAAGAAGGAAUGCCGGCAACGCAAUCAGCUCUUCGAGGACCCCCAGUUCCUCGCCAGCGAGGAGUCGCUGUUCUGCUCAACCGCGCUGUUGUCCAAUGUGCAUUGGAAGCGCCCUCCGGAAAUCUGCAACAGCCCUCACCUCUUUGUGGACGGAAUGAGUGCCCAUGACCUCAACCAAGGCCAGCUGGGGAACUGUUGGUUUGUGGCAGCCUGCUCCUGCUUGGCCUCGAGGGACGCCUUGUGGCAAAAGGUAAUCCCGAACUGGAAAGAGCAGGAAUGGGCCGUGGACAAGCCCAACAACUACGCAGGAAUCUUCCACUUCUGUUUCUGGCGCUUUGGAGAGUGGGUGGAUGUGGUGAUUGAUGACCGCCUGCCAACAGUCAAUGGGCAGCUCAUCUACUGUCACUCUAACUCCAAGAAUGAGUUCUGGAGCGCUUUGGUGGAGAAGGCUUAUGCCAAGCUGGCGGGUUGUUACGAGUCUCUGGACGGAGGGAACACAGCGGACGCAUUGGUGGAUUUCACCGGUGGCGUGUCAGAGCCCAUCGACCUGUUCCAGGGGAACUUUGCCACUGUGGAGGAGCAGAGGCUCCAGCUGUUUGAGAAACUUCUGAAAGUCCACAGCCGGGAGGGUCUCAUCAGCUGCUCGAUCAGGGCCACGACACCUGCUGAGAUGGAAGAGCGGUUGAACAGCGGCUUGGUGAAGGGCCAUGCUUACGCAGUGACUGAUGUCCGGAAAGUCCGACUCGGCCACGGUCUCCUAGCGUACUUCAAGGCGGACAAACUCUUCAUGAUCAGGAUGAGGAACCCCUGGGGACAGAAGGAAUGGAAUGGAGCCUGGAGUGAUAGCUCUCAAGAAUGGAAGCAGGUCAGCAAGGGAGAGCGGGAGUCCAUGGGGGUAACCGUGCGAGAUGAUGGCGAGUUCUGGAUGUCAUUCGAUGAUUUCUGCAAGAACUUCACCGACCUGGUGGUCUGCCGUGUUCUGAAUACCUCCCUCUUCAGCUUCCACAAGACCUGGGAGGAAGCCAUGGUCAAGGGUGCCUGGACCAGACAUGAAGACCCCCUGUUAAACCGUGCUGGAGGCUGCAUCAAUAACCGGGACACCUUCCUUCAAAACCCCCAGUACGUGUUUGACGUCAAGAAGGACAUGGACGAGGUGCUGAUGUGCUUGCAGCAGAAGGACAUCCGUUACACUCGGCAACAGGGCAAGGGCGAGAAGCUGUCCAUGGGCUUUGAGGUCUACAGGGUGGAGUUGAACCGGAACUAUAGGAUGCACACCAUACAGCAGAAGGUGGCCAGUUCCGUCUACAUCAACUCCAAGACCAUCUUCCUUCGGAAGGAACUCCCCCAGGGCCGUUAUGUCAUCAUCCCCACCACUUUUGAGCCCGGAAUCACCGGGGAAUUCUUGCUGAGGAUCUUCACAGAUGUGCCGGCAAACUUCAAGGAACUAACUCUCAAUGAGCCUCCUCACACUUGUUGGAACAGGCUGUUUGGAUAUCCGCAGGUUGUGACUCAAGUUCACGUGAUUUCUGCGAGUGGUUUGGCCCAGCAGGAUGGAGCGUCAGGAGCUGACCCCUAUGUGAUCAUCCGGUGUGGGCGAGACAAGGUCAGGUCGCCUACUCACAAGGACACACUCAAUCCCGAGUUCAACGUGAAGGGAAUCUUCUACAGGAAAGAUGCCAAGACUCCUAUCCACAUCGAGAUCUGGAACAACAACGUCUUCAGUGACCAGUUCCUGGGUCAGGUGACACUCCUGGCUGACCCCAGCGACCUCCAGCCACACCACACCUUGCACCUGAGGGACAAGGGUAACCGACAGAACAACGAUCUUCCUGGGACUAUCAACCUCAACAUCAGCAGCAGCAACGAGCUAGCCAGUUUCUAAAGUCCCCGACACUCUUCUGCCAGACAAGAUAAGCAAGAUGGUUGACCAGAUCCACUUAGAUCUAUGGAUAGGAAGGGAGGGAGGAGGGGGAAUUGAUGGUUCCCACAGACCUUUACCCCCUUUAUCUACCUGCAGCUCGCCAAUCACCCAACACUUUUCAGAAUGGCCUUUAAUAUGAGAAUUCUUGACUUCCUGUUCUUGGGUAGGCUAUAUUUCUGCUUGGAGACUUACUCCUCCCAUGGCGUUUGCUCUUCCCGGAACUUAAUCUGCUCAAGCAUUAAGAGAUUCCUCUUCCCCACCUUGGUAGGGUCUCUCUCUGAGAGAGCAGGGGUUGCUGGAUGGGUUGGCGAUUAGGGAAAGGUGCAAGGGUAUUCUGUCAGUUCCUCUUCGUUCCCCUGGAACUCUCUUAGAGGGUGAAUACAAGACUAGAUGUGAUAGUCCAUCAAUUCCCUCUCUUUCCGUAUGUUCAUCUCCCAACCACUUUGCCCACCAGCCCCAUCUUCUCUCGUUUCCUCUGUGAUUUCCUCUUUCCUGUCCCUUCCUCCUCUCUUCUCCUUGCCCUCUUCAUUGCGCUGUCCCCCUCCUCCUGUUUCCUGCUUCCCUCAUCUCUCUGUACUACGCUGUUCCCUGUCUUCUCCUCUGCUGCCUCCUCGUUCCCUUUCCUCCCCUACCCCCUUUUCCCCUCUCUCUUCCCCACGUCCUCUCUCUAUUGCCCCCUCUCCAUCCGCUCUACCUCCAGUCAGAUUCUGAUUCUUCCACUGAUUACAUGUACCGUACUUUGAGACAUGCGGUGAAACAACCAACACUACCUAAAGGCAGCCUGCAACUAUUGCUAUAUACUGGCUCCAACAUAGCAAUCCCACAAUGCUCUGCAGAACACAACAAGACAACAACAGCAGAACAAACCCUUUUCCUCCCUCACACCCACCCCUACACACAAACAGACCUCCAACUUCAGUCCAGGCCCCUGGGCCUCCAGUCUCCAGACUUCGGCUAUCGGCUUCGACUUCCUGACUUCCAAUUGUCCUUCGGGUUUCAACCAUCAGUGAUGGGACGCUGAACCCCCAGAAUCGAUCUCCAAUAGGCUGGCCCUCUUGCCUCCCUGGAUCCAGUAACCUUGGACAGCCUGACAUCCACAAAUGCCCUUCACUCAUCCAUCACUUGGCCUUCAAGAAUGGAGCAGAGGUCCAAACUGUGGCCGUCUCCUUCGCCUCCUGCCUCCUUCCUUCUCAUCUUCCUCUCCCAAACCCACCCCUCCCAUCUUCCUCGCGCUCUUUUCCCCCUCUCACAACACAGUUGAAAAUUACCUCUAUAAAGAACCUAUGGCUGCUUACAAGGAUGGUCUUAAUAUGCACACCCUCCAUACUCCAUCUUCACAGACUGUUGACCACCACUGGCUGGGCUACCGGAUGAGUUAAGCACUAACAUUUUAACUGGUCAAUCAUAAUCACAAGACUGUCCUACCUCCCUCACCCCCUGGCACCACCCUUUCCCUCUCAUUCUCCACUCUGUGGCUGUCUGGCUUGUGAUAUUAUCUCUCCCCCAAAGGAUAUCUAUUCUCUCUCACGCUUCUUAUAUCUUCUUUAUUUAGAGGUUCAGUACAGAAUAGGCCCUUCCAACCCCUCAAGCCAUUCUACCCCAGUAACCCCCAACAAACUCGAUUAACUCUAACUUAAUCACAGGACCAUUUACAAUGACCUGUUAACCUGCCCGGUACGUCUUUGGACUGCCGGAGGAAACAGGUGAACCCGGAGAAGACCCACGUGGUCAUGGGGACUACCUGCAGAGAAUGGUGCCAGAAUUAGACUCUGAACUCCAGACCACACUAUCUGCUACACUACCGUGGAGCCCGAAACAUAUGGAACGUUUCACGAGUUUGCGUGUCAUCCUUGUAGUUAAGCCACCCCUCCCUGUGAGAUCGCCAAGCCCAUCUUGAGAGCCAGUAACUCAUCCGGAGCAGAUGUACCAACACUGUUUUUCCAAGAGUCAUGAAGGAGUACAGCACAGAAGCAGGCCAUUUGGCCCAUCAGGUCCAUGCCAAACUUUUGUUUUGCCUAGUCCUAUCAACCUGCAGCUCAACUGUAACCCACCACACCUCUCCUGUCCAUGUAGUUAUCCAAACCUCUUAAAUGUUGCAAUUGUCUCAUAUCCACCACUUCCGCUGGCAGCUGAUUCCACAUUCUCGGCACCUUCUGAGUGAAGAACUUACCCUUCAUGAUCCCCUUGACCACUUCUCCUUUCACCUUUAAGCCAUGACCUCUAGCUCUAGGAGCUCCCACAGUGGAAAAGCCUGCUUGCGUGUGUGUGUAUGCGCGCAUGCGCACACACACACACUCACUCACUCAUAAUUUGGUAUAACUGUACCAUAUCUUCCCUCAUUCUCAUAUACUCCAGGGAAUGCCUAACCUAAUCAGCCUCUCACAAUAACUCAUGUGCUCAAGUCCUGGUAAUAUCCUUAUAAAUUUUCUCUGUACUCUUCAAAUCUUAGCAAUCUCUUUCCUGUAGGUAGGUGACCAGAACUAGACACAACUCUCCAAAUUUGGUCUCAUCGACUUCUUAUACAACUUCAACAUAACAUCCCAACUCCAAAAAAUCGGUCAAAGAUGGGGUACUCAGCAUUCUGGACAUGCCAAGCCUUAGGCACCAUCUAUAAGGCAUAAGUCAGGAGAAUGGUGAAAUACACCAUUGCCUGGAUGAGUUUGGCUCCAACAACUCCUGAGGAGUUAAUAUCAUCCAGUACACACACCAUUCUAUCAACUUUCUCUUUCAUUCCAUCUCUGCCUGUACCUUGUGUUGUGGUCCACAUCUCUUCCUCUGUUCUCUCAUAUCUGUCUCAGACACUGGGGCAGGACAUCUUGUUGGGACCACAGGAGUGAAGCCAUAUUGUGACACACCAGCCUUAUUCUGAGGGUGUGCACUGUGAAAAAGGUUCACUCAACUUCUAGAAUUAUAACUUUGAACUGAAAGACAUAACCUGUGGACUUUUAACCAAUGAUUUUUAAAUGCUUUUUGUUUAAAAUGUGCUUUUAUAAAUGGAAGACCUCUUUUUUGUUUUUACUGUGUAUAGAGGGCAGAAACCACUUAUUGAUGGACUAUCCUUGGCAACCUUUGGUUGAGGUGAUAGGAUAGUCUUUGUGUAUUCAAUCUGUGCCUGGAUGAUUGUUUAGGAUAAUGGGUCAAAAAUGGAUAAUUUCUGAACCUGCGUACAGUUACCCUCUUCCUGACUACACAACGUAACAGAGAUGAGUUGUUGCCAAGUUUCAUCAGGAGAAAGUCGCUCCUGAGAUUAUUUAGAGCCUCAAUUUCCUUGGGAUUGGUCAUUUCUCCACCCUUACACUUAUGUAAUUGGUGCUCGACGCGCCUUUCUGGAUCUCCACACGCCUUGAGGUGAUUGGUGGGAUCUUCUCACGCCUUGCUGGGUUUAGUAGGACCCCCCCCCCCCCCCAACCUCCUCGCUGGGGCUGGUGGGAUCUCUGCUCAUCUUACUGGGAUUGGUGGGGAGUUGGGAACAAGGCUGGGGUGAUCAGCGUGCUCUCCCCAGGUGCAGAUGGUGGGCUGUUAGAGAAAGCAUGAAUCAACUGGCUUUAAGAAAAAAAGGAACUAGUUUCCCUUGUAAUAUCUUUGGGCUUUAUUUACCUGUUGUGGCCUUGCAGAUCCCAUCAACCAGCAGGUAACAUCCACAAGAACUGCAAAAGGUAGAUGAUGGAAUUUGACAAAUUGUACAAUAAAUGCCUUAUGGAUGCAGAGUGAAUCGUCUCAGAUUUCAAGAUGUCCACAUGAUUUCUGUGCUAAAAUGGAGUAAUUGGUAUUGGUUUAUUAUUUUCAUAUAUACUGAGACAGUGAAAAGCUUGUCUUGCAUUAUGUUCAUACAGAUCAAAUUAUUUGAUCACAGUGCAUAGAGGUAGAACGAAAUAAAACAAUACAGAAUGCAGAAUAAAGCUACAGAGUAAGUGCAGGUAGACAACAAGGUACAAGAUCACAGUGAGGUAGAUUGUGCAGUGAAGAGUCCAUCAUGGUGCAUAGUCUUGCAACAGCGGGAUAAAGGCUGUCCUUGAGCCUGGUGCUAUGUAAAUUCAGGCUUUUGUAUCUUCUGCCCAUUGGGAGGAGGGAGAAGAGAAGAAGGUCCAGGGUGGGAGGGGCCUUUGAUUGUGCUGGCUGCUUUACUGAGAAGUAUUGAGUCCAUGGCCGGAAAACUGGGUUCUGUGAUGGGAGAUAUAAACUGAUUGUCUGGAUGUUAGGCCCUGCAGCCUAGUUAGUGCUAUGUCUAAAACUCUGAGCAGCUGAUAGUGAACCCCACCUGUGUCCAGCCCAAGUUUCAAGCAUUACCUGGUCAAGGUGUACCAUUAUUUAGACAUAGUAAAACUUCCUCUGCUCUGAGUCCAACAAGAAGACCUGCUCUUUGGCUCUAAUCAAUGUUGGAAUGUAAGCAACCAUUUAACCCUUUGGAGUUGAUUCUAAAUUCCAACUCUCUCUGAUUCCAUAAUGCAGGUAUGUGGGAUUAGGAUAGACAGGUCUGAUGGUCAGCAAAGACUUGAUGGGCUGAAGGGUCUGUUUCUGUGCUGUAGAUCUCUAUGACUCGAUCGUACCCUCCUUUUUAAUUCUAUCCAUCACCCUUGCUGGGGCAUAGGCUGCCAAGAGCAGCUCGUCAGAGUCCUCUGUCCUGGGCCAUCCUUUCAGUCCUUCAGGGUGGAGCCCACCAAAGAUCCUUCCUUUCCCAGGGAUGAGGUCUUCGGAGCUUCUGUUGGCAAUUUCUGUAGCUCUGGGUUUUUAAUGGGAUGGGUUCGCUAGCCCCAUGCCCAACUCGCCUCCUUCUGCAGCUAGGCUUAGGACCGUCCAUCACAGAGCUGGUUGUAUCCCUGCGUGACAAGAAACUAUCGAGCUCCAUCUCAAAAGUAACACGUGACUCCAAAUGCCAACCUAAUGGUUGAGGAUUCCAUGUUUCCUCUGUCUGUUCUCUGGGAGUUUAAUUUGUUCCUGUUUAACCUUCUACGCUAUCCAGCUCCAGUUUUUCUUUCUCCUUCUUUAUGAAUGGAACAUAGAACAGUACAGCGUAGGAAUCUGAUCUUCUGUAUCCUUCUAACUCGAGACCCAUCAAGAUCAUACUGACUGUUCAUUCCAUCCUCCUCAGAAUCAGGUUUAACAUCACGGGAAUUUGACAUGAAUGGCUUAUGUUCCGCUGGGACCAGAGGAAGGAAACACUGUCUGUCUCCAACCUGUAGAGGGAGCAUUUGCUGGAGGUCAAUUAUUGGUAUCACGGGUUGGCUUUAGUCUGCUGAUCAAGACAGUGGAAUGCUUGAAAUUGGGUCUAAAGGGGUGUUGUGUUGCCUAGUAACUUCAAUAAGAGUACAACUCAUACCAGAAAAGUUAAAAACUCCCUGGAGUUAAUUAGCUGCUUGGAGACGCAAGAGAUGCUGCAGAUACUGGAAAUCUGUAUGAGAGAUUCUGGAAGGAUGUGAAACCUGCAGAAAGGACGCAGAGGAGAUUUAUCAGGCUGCUGCCUGGAUUAGAGAGCAUGUGGAUGAGGACAGGUUGAGCGAGCUAGGCUUUUUUCCUUUGGAGUGAAGGAGGAUGAGAGGUGACUUAGUAAAGCUGUACAAGAUGAUAAGAGGCAUACUGUAGAUUAGUAGACUACCAGUGUGCCUUUUUCCCAGGGUGGAAAUAGCUAAUAGCAGAGGGCAAACUCUGAAGGUGGUUUGAGGAAAGGUAUAGGGGGGGAUGUCCAAGGUAGGUUUUUUUCACACAGAGUGAUAAGUGCCAGGAAUGCGCUGCCAGGGUUGGUGAUAGAGUCUGAUAUAUUAGGGUCAUAUAAGACUUAGAUAGGCUCAUGGCUGAAAGGAAACUGCAGGACAAUGUGGGAGGGAAGAGUUAGAUAGCUCUUGGAGAAGGUUAAAGGCCUGCAUUGUGUUCUAAUAUUCUGUGUUAACAGUUAUUUUGUGAUUUUGGAGAAGACUGUACCAGCAACGAAAGAAAGAAGAUUCACAACUAUUGCCAAGAAUGAAUAUCCCAUUUUUGACAUAAAACAAGAUAAUAGAAAUAAAUUUUUAUAAGAAAUACCCAUAUUUCUUAAGCCAGCUAACACUUAGAUCAUGGACUGUAGUUCAACACUAUUGCUAUGCUUAGUUUUGGAUAACAUCUAAACAGGGGGCAGCCAAUUAAAUCCGGAGAUUCUGCCAGAGUGUGAGGCCGGAAAGAACCAUGGAGUUGUGUCUGUAUUUUAUCAAUUUAGCAGAAGGCGAGCAGUGCUGGCACCUGGUGGUAGAGCAAUGGCACUGCAAUUCGCCAAUUAAUUUUUCUCUUACUUGCAUGGAUCAGGUCUUCUGCUCACCCAUUGUCUCGCUGCAGCUUCACAAGUCCAUUAUAAAAUUGUGGCGCAUUAAAAUGUUUCAAUAAAAUGUAUUUUAUAUGAAGGAUACCCUCAGACAGAAAUAAACUAUAAAUACAGUUUGAA